AUUGGAAAAAUUGGGAGCUUUAGAGUGGAGCAAGGUAGUGUAUGGACAUGAAGGAUGGAGACUUAUCACUUGUAUCUGGUUGCAUGCUGGUGUUAUUCAUCUGCUAGCGAACAUGUUGAGCUUGGUGUUUAUUGGGAUCCGACUUGAACAGCAAUUUGGGUUUGUGCGAGUUGGGGCAAUCUACCUAUUGUCAGGAUUCGGUGGGAGCAUACUCUCUGCUCUUUUCAUUCAACGCAGUAUUUCUGUUGGUGCUUCCGGUGCUCUAUUUGGACUUCUUGGAGCGACGCUAUCUGAGCUACUUACUAAUUGGACUAUUUAUACCAAUAAGGCUGCUGCUCUAUUUACCCUUUUGAUCAUCAUUGUCAUCAACUUAGCAGUUGGAAUUCUUCCGCAUGUUGACAACUUUGCACACCUUGGAGGAUUCUUGACAGGUUUCCUCCUUGGUUUCCUAUUGCUACUCCGGCCCCAGUUUGGUUGGCCGGAGCGCCAACAUCUUCAAGCUGAUGCUCGUGUCAAAUCCAAGCACACGAUUUACCAAUAUGUAUUCUUGGUGGUUGCUCUGGUUUUGCUGAUUGCUGGAUUUACGGUGGGACUGGUAAUGCUUUUCAGAGGGGAGAAUGGAAACAAUCGUUGCAGCUGGUGCCAUUACCUCAGCUGUGUGCCUACCUCAAGAUGGAACUGCAAUAAUUGAUUAGGAAAUUCUCAACAGUUUUUGCCUUUAUUCUUUGCCAUCUGAUUCCUUUUUCCUUUUUCUUUUAUUUGUUAUUUGUUUAUCUCAUUUGUAUGCUUCUGCUUGUGUACAUUCAUACUCUGACCCAUCUCUUCUUCUGUGUGAACAUCUGGCAAAUCUUGUUUCUAUAAAUUUACAUAGAUUCCCAUUAUGUAGACUAAUUACUGUUUUCACAGAAAGUGAUUUUUAUUUUUUAAAAAUUCUAUUGCCGUUGUCACA